AUGAUGACUACGCAACGACUCUUGACAAGGACUAGAAUUUACAAUAAUAAUUAUUAUCGUUUAUUUUCAUUUUCUUCAAAAAUUAAUAAUAUUGAUAUUGAUCCACCAAUAUUUCAAAUUGAUCUACCGGGAAUAGAAAAUUAUGGUUUUGAAGGUGAAUCAUCAUUUAUGAUAUGUAAACAUGGAGGUGUUGCAUCAGAUUCAGAAGAAGCAUCUAAAGUUGGAAGACGUAUUUUAAAUUUGGGUGGUUCUGCAGUUGAUGCAGCUAUAGCUGUUCUUCUUUGUGUUGGUGUACAUAAUUGUCAUUCAAGUGGUAUCGGCGGUGGAUUUCUUAUGAAUAUUUAUGAUGUUACAAAGAAAGAAUGUGUAGCUAUUGAUGCACGUGAAGCAGCACCAUCAAAAGCUCAUCAAAGAAUGUUUGUCGAUGGAAAUCCACCACCAUCAUCAGUAUCAGGUGGUUUAUCAAUUGGUAUUCCAGGUGAAAUAGCUGGUUUAAAUAAAGCUGACCAUGGUAGUUUACCAUAUCUUUUAUGA